ACGUUAAGUAUGGUGAGUCGUUUGAAGAAAAAAAUUAUGGGAAAUUCCUAUAUGCGUUUUGGCGGGGCAUCGCUACGACGCAGACACGUCAGGGAAAUCCUGAUUCUCGCUGAUUGGUUAUCGCAUCUUUAUACCCGGGGAAGAACCCGUGAUAGAGUCAUCAAGGCUGAGCUUCGGUUGACGUAUUCAGAAAUUACAGGCAGUUGAUUACGCGCUUUUGGUGAGUAACGAGUUUUUUGCGUCGUGCAUCGCUUCACAACGCGAGAGAAGAGCGAGAGGCUAAUCUCAUCAAAUUCUACCUGUCCACGAGCGAUCAUAUAUGCAAUUAUGAUCUUGAUCGUUCUCUUCCGGUGAUACCUGAGCGAAUAUAAUUUCAAUACGUUUCUCGAUCACUUAUAAUAUCCGCGAGGAAAAUAUAGAUAAUCGCCGAAAUGCCAGAUGCGUACGAGAAUUUUAACAUGGCGAUGCGGAGUAUGUUGACGACCAGUGGUAUCUUGGACGAUGAGGCAGAUUCGUCGUACUUUCCAGUCAACGAUGAGACAUUGAUAGCCAAUAUAGGUGGUCUAAGCCCAUAUACUAGCGGUGGAUCUCAAGGAAAUACAAGCAUUGCAUCACCCAUGUCAACAUCUUCAUCAUCCAUGCAUGUCACAGAUGAUUAUAUUAACUUAGCAAAUGCUACAGUACACAUACUUGAACCAUACAUUAGUAUUGUGGUGCAACCAAUGGACAAAUUUAGAUUUCGAUAUAAAUCUGAAAUGAUGGGGACACAUGGAAGUUUGUUGGGUGCAUUUAAUAGCGGACGUAGGCGGAAUAAAAAUAAUGUACCUACAGUCCAAUUACAUAAUUUUAUAGAUAAAGCGAUAAUACGAUGCACAUUGGUUACAACUGAUGAUGAACAUAUACCACAUGCUCAUAGAUUAGUAAAACGUACAGGUAGCCUAGACAUAGAUGAUCCACAUGAUAUAGAAGUUACACCUGCAAACGAUUUCAUAGCCGAAUUCAAUCAUAUGGGAAUAAUACAUACUGCAAGAAAACAUAUUAAAGAAGAAAUAGCACACAAAUUAUAUGCAAAAUUGUUAGAGGAACGCAAGCUUUCAAAUAUUAAUGCUACUCUUAGUCUUCGUGAUGAGGCAGAGAUUAAAGCUAACGCAGAACAUUAUCAGAAGAGUAUGAAUUUGAAUACAGUUACCCUUUGUUUUCAAGGAUUUAUCAAAGGUGAACAUAAUACCAUGAAACCGAUCACAUUGCCGGUUUAUAGCAAUCCAAUUAAUAAUCUGAAAAGUGCAUUAACUGGAGAACUUAAAAUAUGCAGAAUUGACAAAUAUACCAGCAGUUGUGAAGGUGGAGAAGAAGUAUUCAUAUUUGUGGAGAAAGUUUCAAAAAAGAAUAUAAAAAUAAAAUUUUUUGAACUGAAUGACGAUGACAUUGAAGUUUGGACUGAUUAUGGUCGUUUCUCUGAACUAGAUGUUCAUCAUCAAUAUGCUUUGGCAUUUCGAACUCCACCAUAUAAGGAUCUAUAUAUUACAUCUCCAAGAGAAGUUCUUAUACAAUUAGAACGUCCUUCAGAUUCAGAUUGUUCAGAACCAAUCAAGUUCACAUAUAAACCCAGCGAUCGCGCGAUAGGUAGGAAGAGAACGCGAAUUUGUCACUCGAGUAGCUCGGAAUUGACACAAAUGGCGUUCAAUCCAGAUUCUACGCCGUCAAUUAACACACCAUAUACAUUUAUAAAUAUGCCUUCAAAUAAUGAAAGUGCAGAAAUGUCUAAAGAGAUAAAAAAGAUGUUAGAGGAUAGAUGCUCUUCCAGUGAGUUUAAGAAUUUUGUUGAAGACAUAAAUUUAGAAUUAUAUGAAAGUUUAUUAAUCCAAAGCGAAGAAAAUAAAUUAACUUAUGACGGAGCACCAAGUAAACAGGAUGACGAAAUGUUUGCCAAAAAUAUUAUUAUUGAUACAAUAAAAAGUAUCAGAACAAAACCAGAUAAAUCUAAGGAUAUUAUAAUAAAUAUGUUCAAAAAUAGAACAACUUAUGGUGAUUCGCCGCUACAUCAUGCACUCCGAUAUGAACAGAAAGAUAUUGUAAAGCAUAUCUUAAUGCUUAUGAGUAGUCUAAAGACAGAUGCUAAAGAAUUAGUGAAUAUUCAAAAUAGUUCUGGCAAGACUCCUUUGCAUUAUGCUGUUACACAAGAACAUGCAGAAAUUACAAAAGCGUUGCUCAUGCUCGGUGCAAAUCCAAAUAUAACAGAUCAUUAUGGACAAAUGCCAUUGCACAGAGCUGUUAAACUUCCUGAAGGGAAAGCAAGUAUUGGUAUUUUAUUGAAAGAAAAAAAAAUCAACAUUGAAGCAAAUACAGAUUUAGGAUGGACACCUUUGCAUUUAGCUGCUGAGGCGGGAUUAUACUAUGCAGUACGUUCUCUCGUUGAAGCUGGUGCAAAUGUAAAUAACACUGAUAUGUCUUAUGGAAGAACGGCUUUACAUAUAGCAGUCGAAGGAAGUCACAGAGAUAUAGUAGAGUUUCUGUUAAAAAAUACCAACAUAGAUGUUAACAAGAAAAACUUCAGUGGAAAUACGGCAUUGCAUACUGCGGUGGUUACGCCUGGGACGAAAGCAAAAGAAAUAUGUGCUUUUCUAUUGAAAUACGGCGCUGAUCCAUACAUAAGAAAUUUCAAUCGCGAGGCAAAUAACGUUGAAGAACAAAAUAUAAAAACUGAAGUACAAGAUGAAAACAUGAAAGAAUUCGUCGGGCAAUCAUCUUUUGAUUUAGCUUCGAACAAACCAGAUAUCUUACAGCUCGUUUCCAAUCAAAGUAAUGCGUCAGAAAUAAUCAAGUGUAAAGAGGAAAAUAUCGAUGAUACACAAAAAGUUUGGAUGGAUGCAGUCCAGGAAAAACAAUUGGCGACUAUUUUAGAUGAAACAAAAGGAUGGAAGAAAUUAGCCCGUCAUUUAAAUUUAGAAAAUUUAUUGAAUACCUUUGAACAGAGUUCGUCUAGUUCAACAUUACUUCUUUUGAAUUACAUUGCUAUACAAACCAGUAUAUCUCUUAGCGAACUGCAAAAUAUAUUACAUACUAUAGACGAAGAAGAUGCUGUUGUAUAUAUGGGACAAGUUUUAUCCUUGCAUGAAAAUACGAGUCACGCGCUUUUCAAAUAAAUGAACAUUAUUGAAU